AAUGGGAGCAGCUAUUGCAGUAAGAAAUAGACAUUGGUGGUUUAGAGGUCUUUAUGAUGAUUACAUUGGAAGAGAAACAAGACUUUCAUUUGGUUUAGCAGCUAUUAUUUGGAUUCCACAUUAUGUGUAAAUAAUAUUAACUUAAUCAUAGUUAUGGUGUUUACUUAAAUAGAACAGUUGAAACAAAUACAUCACAUAAGAUUUACUCAAUGGAAGUUGGACCAUCUAGAAAUAGAUUGACACAUUCUAUGAUCUUUGAGUAAUUUGAAAUGGUUUUGGAAAAUUGGGAAGAAUUAAAUAAAGAAUAUGCAGAAAAAGGAAAAAAAAUGCUUGAAGAAUGAA